UGCGCGUAGCAGCCAGUCCCAGGGCCCGCCGCCUGCGGGGCCUUUGACGUCACCGCCACGCCCAGGAGCAGGGGGCGGGGUUUCCCCGUCGCUCUGUGAUGACGCCACACGGAACUCGCGCCACCGCGGCGGCCUGAGAGGGACACGGGAGUCGCCGGCGGCGGUGAAGGGUCAAAGGUCGCCAGACGGCGGGGGGCUGACCCUGGGAGUGCAAAGGGCAAAAGUCACAGCCCCCGGCGGGGCCUCCCUUUGGAGGCCUAAAGGCUGCCCAGGGGCGGGGCCUCAAGGGUGGGGGCGGGGCCUAGGGUGAAGCUCUUGGGUGGAGCCCGGGAGUGCAAUGGGGAGGGGGAGGAGAAAGGGGCGGGGCCUUCGGGCAUAGGGGCCCUCGGGGGUGCCGCGUAGGCUGUCCAUCCCAGAAUGCUCUGCGGUCGGGAGGUGGGCUCGACGCGGGUCCCUUUGGGAGGAGAUGUGGGGAUUUCCUUCCUGGGGUCAAGGGUUAAGUGGGAAGGGCCUCAGGACGUCACUGAGGCAGGGUAGGUCCUGGGGGCCCACCUGGGCUAAGGGAAUCUUGGGGUGUCAAUGGUGGGAGGCAGUGGUGGUCCCUUCACCCCUCCCCCCCACGUCCCCAGGUCUCCAUGGCAACCGCCGCCCACCCCCGCAAGCGCCCCCGAGAGGAUGACCCUGAGGCCCCGCCCCCACAGCGCGCCCCGAGCGCGCCCCCCCGCACCCUGCCCGUGUCCCCAGGGUGCUAUGCCGGGCCCUUCCCCUUCUAUGGGCGCCCGGCUGAGGUCGGACACUUCUCCCUGGACGAGCAGCGCCGCUACCACGGCGACGCCCGGCAACUGCGCUACUUCGCCCCGCCCCCCGACCACCGCCCCGACCCCCCCUUCGACCUGCUGGACGGCUACCAGGACCGCUACGUGCGCCGCGAUGAGGACGUCCGCGAGGGCCUCGACCACCUGCUGCGCUGGGUCCUGCACAACCGGUGCCGCCUGCCUGGCCACCGCCCCGGCCAAGGGCGCCCGGUGGCGGCGGACGUGGUGACAUGGCGUGGGCACCUCACCAAAGUGGUGACAACGCCGUACGAGCGGCGUGAGGGCUGGCUUCUGGCUGCCACCCGCUUCCACGGCACCAUCUAUGUUAGCGAGGUGGAGACGGUGGCCGCCCGUGCCCAGCGUCUGGCCCGGUCCGAGGACCUGCGGCGCCUCAUCUACAUGGGCUACAAGUUCGAGCAGUACAUGUGUGCUGAGCGGGCGGGGGGCGGUGCAGCACCUGGGGGGGUGGUGAACACCAACGCUGCCUACUGCACGGUGCUGCGCGCCCGCCUGGGCCCCCACUCGCUGCUCUUCGCCGCCGAGGUGGACUGCGCUGACCCCGCCCCUGGCCCUGCCCCUGACCCUGCCCGCUACGUCGAGCUCAAGACCACGGCCACCCCCACCGUCUCUGCCCAGCACCGUGCCUUCCGGCGCAAGCUGCUGAAGUGGUGGGCGCAGUCAUUCCUACCUGGGGUGCCACGUGUAGUGACCGGGCUGCGAGAGCCCGACGGCUCCGUGGCUGCACUGGAGACCUACGAGACAGCUGCCAUGUUCCAGCUUGUGCGGGAUGACCCCGGGGCCUGGCAGCCGGCUGCCUGCAUGAACUUCGCCUUGGCCUUUCUGGACUUCCUUUCUCACGUUGUGACCCAGGAUGACCCCCGGCUGGUGACCCUGUUUGCAUGGGAGCCUGGUUGUCAUGUGUCCUGGACCCGGCACCGUGACUCCGACUACAACUUCCUGCCCACCUGGUACACCGAGGCCUUGACCCAGGACCCAAGCCCCCCACAGCCCCCCCAGGCUCCCCCCAACCCAGCAGACCCCCAGUAAAGCCUUGGGGGGACGACGGAGCCACCCCACACCUUUGCUGUC